AAUUAUUUACAAGAACUUUCCGGGUUAUGUCCUUUUUCUUACAACUAUAUAUAAUCUCCAAAUAUCCAUUUCAUAUCCUACUUCUAUUUCAAUUUUCACCCCGGUUCCUAAAGAAAACACAGACUUAUAGAUCAAAUCCUUCUAUUUCUCCUUGUUUUCUUCUUCUUCCAUGCAGGCCACUUUAAAUUUUCCUACACAGGCAUCAUCGUCAUCCUUAGCUAAUAAUACAUACGGUUCAUUAAAUAAACAAUCAAGUUUUCUUCGCCGGCGUUCAAAUCUCAACCCGAAAUUUACACGGUCUCCGUCAUCAAAGUCGAUUUAUAAUCCAAUAUCAGCUUCAGCAACAACUGAAUUCAAACCUGUCGAUUCUCUUCAAUCCCAGAUCACUAAUUUAGACAAGUUGUUAGGGAAUAGCAGAUCAUCGUUUCAGAAUCAACAGCAGAAACAAGAUCAACAACAACCAAUUAAUGGGAAUAAUCCGAGAAAUUCAAGAAACAAUUAUAAGCGUUUCUUGGAUGCGUUGAAUUUGACCGGAAUGUGGUCAGAAAAGUUGAAACAAGCUGUGGAAGAAAAUAAUAUACUGUCACCAAAACAAUUGCAACGCUUAAUUUCACCGUCACCCAGAUAUUCUCCGAGGAACAGUUUAGGUAGCCGGUGGCUGGAGUAUCAUGGCAGUAAUGAUUGGAUGGGUCUACUUGAUCCUCUCGAUGAAAAUCUCCGACGAGAAAUUGUCAGGUACGGUGAAUUCAUCCAAGCAGCUUACGUGGCUUUUCAUGAGGAUCCGGCGAUGCCAACUGACAAAGCUCCGUCGCCGCGUCAUAUACAAGUACCGGACAGGUCAUACAAGGUCACCAAGAGUUUGUUUGCAACUUCGUCCGUUGGAUUACCGGGUUGGGUGGAUAAUGUGGCACCGGAUUUGGGGUGGAUGACUCAGCGAUCUAGUUGGAUCGGGUAUGUGGCGGUUUGCGACGACCAAAAAGAGAUCCAACGGAUGGGUAGGAGAGAUAUUGUCAUCGCUCUUCGAGGUACUUCCACGUGUCUCGAAUGGGCUGAGAACGUCAGAGAUCUCCUGGUCAAUGUCGAGGAUGAAUCGGAACCGAGUGAACACGGUCACGAGCAUUUACAAGCUAAAGUGGAAUGCGGGUUCUGGAAUCUGUACAAAACUAGAGGAGCUCAUACACCGAGUCUAUCCGAGUCCAUAACUCAGGAAGUUCGGAGACUCAUGGAACUCUACAAAGGUGAGUCAUUAAGUAUUACAAUAACUGGUCACAGCCUAGGAGCUGCGCUAUCUGUACUAGCAGCAGACGAGAUUAAAAAAUCGGUGGAAGAUGCACCACCAGUAGCUGUUUUCACCUUCGGCGGACCACGUGUCGGCAACAGAGGUUUCGCAAACAGAAUCAAAUCCAACGGCGUCAAGGUCUUAAGAAUCGUAAACUCCCAAGACGUGAUCACUCGUGUACCGGGUAUGUUCGUAAACGAAACCCUAGACCACAAAUUACGUGAAGAAGUUAAAGCAAAUACAGUACUGAACAUACUGGAUAACAACAUGCCCUGGGCAUACUCACACGUCGGCUGCGAACUCCGUCUGGAUAGUAAGAUGUCGCCAUAUCUUAAACCGAACGCGGACGUCGCAUGUUGCCAUGACUUGGAGGCUUAUUUACACUUGGUGGAUGGGUUUUUGGCGUCAGAUUGUCCGUACAGAGCAAAUGCAAAGAGGAGUUUAUACAAGUUGGUGACCGAGCAAGGUUCGAAUGUUAAGAAACUAUACAUAAGUAAAGCUAAUUCGUUCCAAUCAAGAAAAGCUGAUAUGUUGCGCAAGCUGAGUCUUGAUCGUAGUAAUAGUAGUAAAGGACUCACUAGUCCAUUAGCACUACAGAGCUGUUUACCCAGUCCAUCUGCUUAUUAAUUAAUUAAUCUACUACUUAAAUCGAUAGACAAUGACUUUGUUGAUGUACUUUUUGAUAUUUUUACCUUCAAAAGAGGUUUUUUUUAUGUCAAAUAUUAGAUACAAAGUCAAAAUUACAGUAUAGUAAAUAAAACGAUUCUUUAUAUACA